ACACACAAACUGGAGGGCAUCACAGAACCAAUACUAGGUUAUCUGAUUCACGAUUUUUCAAAGAUCUCAAAAUGUUCUACCUGAAAACUCUCUACUCUCUUAGGAUUCUCUACAUGAAUUCCCAAACCACUAUACCAUAAACAUUGUCUCUGAGAAGAGCUAUAUAAAAUUCCUGUGUAAUCUUUGUAAAACAAAAGGAAAGAAUGAGAUACCAAAGGAAAACAAUUCAAUUGUUAUUAUUUUUAUUGUUUCUGUGGACCUUUCAGAGAAUGUUUCAUUUCAGGUCUGUGAAUACUCAAACAGAAGAAUUAAAGCUAUCAGACUGGUUUUUUCCCAAUGCUGUAAAUCGCUCAAACGUAACUACCAGCUGGGCAGCUCCAGUUGUGUGGCAUGGCACUUAUGAUGAAGUGGUGCUGGAAAAUUACUAUGCAAGUCAUAAAAUUACCGUGGGGUUGACUGUGUUUGCUGUGGGAAGAUACACAGACCGUUAUUUGUAUACAUUUAUAACAUCAGCUGACAAAUAUUUUAUGGUUGGCCAGAAAGUCAUCAUUUACAUCCUGGUAGAUAACUUCUCUCAGGUGCCCUGGGUAGAGCUGGCUCCCCUCCGAAUGCUGAAAAUUUUUCAAAUAAAGCGAGAGAAGAGAUGGCAAGACAUCAGUAUGAUGCGCAUGAAGAUCAUCAGUGAACAUGUUGUGGAUCACAUCCAAUAUGAAGUUGACUUCCUCUUUUGCAUGGAUGUGGAUCAAAUCUUUGUAAAAAAAUAUGGACUGGAGACUCUGGGGGAGUCAGUAGGUCAGUUACAUGCUCAUUGGUAUAAGGCAAGUCCUUCAGAGUUACCUUAUGAGAGGAGUCAGUCAUCAGAAGCAUAUAUACCUAUUGGUAAGGGGGACUUUUAUUAUCAUGCUGCUGUCUUUGGUGGUACUCCUAUUCAGGUUCUCAAUAUUGCUAGGGAGUGCUUCAGAGGAAUCAUGAACGAUAAGAAAAAUAACAUUGAGGCAGUGUGGCAUGAUGAAAGUCACUUGAACAAAUAUUUUUUCCUCCAUAAACCCACUAAAAUCUUGUCACCGGAAUACUGCUGGGAUGAGUUUGGAUCUAAUAGUAUUAAGAAUGGCACUUUCAAACUCUAUUGGGCUAUUAAAAAUUAUGACUUUCUUAGACAGUCAGUGUAAUUUUAUAGCCCUUCCUUGGUGUUGCUGAAUUUAAAAGCAUCAUUUUGUCUUGUCUUCAAAAAAUUAGUACUUGACAAAUUUUAGCACCAUAAAAAUAAUCACUAGUAAAAUGACAAAUUCACCAACACAGUUAUAUUCAUACUUUUCCUCACCUUUCUUUUUGAAUCAUAAAGUAUAGGAUAUAGCAGUUACAGAAUGAAUAUAUUGACAUCAGAUGGAAAUAUAGUGUUCUCAUAUCUUGUGUGAAUUUUGAGAAAGUAUUUUUUUUUGUAUCACAUUGGACAAAAUAGAAUCUGUCAGGAGAAAAUGAAAUCUGAAACAUUUUCACUGAUCCAGCUAGAUAUAUAUUUCUUAUAUUGCUUAAGGAAAGGGAUAAUCUAUGGGUAUGGAUAAGGGAAAUCAGUGCAACUAUACUAAUCUACUCUUUAUGUAAAAUUUUGAGGACAUUAAAGCUGCCACCAGAUGGGCAGACAGUUACUUAGAAAAUUGGGUUAUUAAAAAAGAAGUUUUUUUUUUUAACUUUUUAGU